AUGGCAGCUGCAGAUCACUCUACCCUUUGCCAUUUACACUUGGUGACUAUUAAUCUUUUCUUUUAUCUUGUAUGUCAUUCUUCAUUAGCAAGCAAUGUUCAUGGUGGUGGAUUCAGUGUCCAACUUAUCCGCCGAAACUCCCCAAAUUCACCAUUUUAUAAUCACAAUAAAGCUCCUUCAAGGAGCUUAUACAGAAGCUUUCGACGUCUCAUGGAGCCAUCCAAUCCAAACACACCACAAUCAGAAGUAAGACGUGACUAUGAUGGCGAACAUCUUAUGAAGCUCUCAAUUGGAACUCCACCUGUCGAUAUUUAUGGGGUUGCUGACACAGGCAGCACACUGAUAUGGACACAAUGUGAGCCAUGUCUUGAUUGCUACAAGCAGAAAAAUCCCAAGUUCGACCCGAGAAAGUCCUCAACAUAUAGAAGCCUCACAUGUGGUGCACAAGAAUGCAACUUACUUAUUGACUCUGGCUCUUACUCUUGCUCAUCACCUGAUGAUCAUAAAGCGCUUUGCAAUUACAAUUACAGCUAUGUAGACGGUGCAGCCACCAGAGGAGUACUUGCAAAAGAAACGAUCAUCAUGAAAUCCACAUCUGGGGAACCAGUUUCCGUCAAGAAUAUUUUGAUUGGUUGUGGACACAACAAUACAGGGGAAACAUUUCUUGAGAAUCAAAUGGGAGUAGUUGGGCUUGGAUCUGGGAACAUGUCAUUCAUUAAUCAAAUUGGUCCUGGACUUGGAGGCAAGAGGUUCUCCUACUGUUUGGUUCCACCUCAUGCCAAUCCCACAGCUACAAGCAAGAUGAGUUUUGGGAAUGGGAGUGAAGUGUUGGGUGAAGGGGUGGUCUCAACACCUUUGAUCUCCACACUGGACAAGACCGCUUAUCGCAUCACGAUAGCAGGGAUGAGUGUUGGAGAUAAGUUUGUGCCUUUCAAUUCAUCGGAGACUAAUGCUGUUUCAAAAGGCAACACCAUUCUUGAUUCAGGAACACCAAACACAUACUUACCACAACAGUUUUAUGAUCCCUUGGUUGCAGAGUUGAAGAAGCAGAUUCCAAGGACCCCCAUUGAAAUAGCGGACCCAACUUUUGGGACCCUAGUGUGCUACAAUACCGCGACGAAUCUCAAAGGACCAACAUUGACAGUGCAUUUUGAGGGUGGUGCUAAUUUGCAGUUAACACCAACACAGACCUUCUUUCAGCACCAAGAGUUUAAGAAUUUCUGCUUUGCAAUGCAGAACUCCAGUUAUGUCACUAAUGAUGAUUUUGUUCUUUAUGGAAACUAUGUUCAGUCAAAUUUCUUGAUUGGUUUCGACCUAGAUAGAAGGCUGGUCUCCUUCAAGCCAACUGAUUGUAUAAAUACAAGUGCUGCUAUUCCCACUUCCUUUUUCUACUUCUCCACCUACCUUUUGAAUCUUCUUCCAAUUGUAAUUUUGUCCUUAUAG